ACUAAGUUUGCGGUCGUAAUAAGUCAUGGUCCCCGAAGUGUAAAACUUUUCACAGCAUUCAGCCAACAUCCACUGGCAUUGAGUUUCCCUAAUCCUAGCACAAACCGUACGGAAAUAUUAGCCAUUAAGAUGAACUACAAGUUCGAUACCAGUGAUUUAACUCGUCGGCUGAAACGAACGUUCGACGGCAACUUAUCGUACCGGAAACUGUUCCUGGUACUCUUCAUUGUAGCUGUCUUUUUACUGUACAUAGGGCCAUCGUUUCUUCGAUGGCUAUUCGGCCAAAGCGAACCAACAAAGGACCAGACGAUGCGCUGUAUGGACGACCGGUUAACUCCUUUCUACCUGCAAAACCUAGAAUACAACGUAAAUAUCCGGCAUCAAAACCCUUUUCCACACGAAUACGAUGCCAUACCAUACGUCGGCAAUGGUUGGUUCGGGCUGGAAGUCGAACAUUCGGCGCAUCUGAAUAUUUUUCGCGGCCGAGCUCUUCUGCAGCCGGUAAACUUUCAUCCAAUUGUCAGUGUUGCAAGUGCCGAUAACAUCUUUCGCGAGGCAACGGUCGUUGAGUACCUGAGCGGUAUUGUGCACCGGUUUCAGUGUUUCGCGGACGGCUACUAUGCGUCUUAUCAGUACUAUGCCCAUCGUACGAUACCAUCCGUGUUUGUGCAGGAACUCCAGCUGACGAACACAAAAAACCAGCUGAUGGACAUUGAGCUUAUUGUGCCACGAAUUUCUGACUGGCCGUCUGCAGUGGUGACAAACAUCAAGCUACAGCACGGCUCCACGAUUCUCGAGUACCAGGUUGUCUCGGGAGCGGUGGACGUUCCACCGACAGCAGGCAGCAAGGAACAGGCUCAGGUGCGUUUGGUCUCCAUCGUAUCGCGAAAACUUCCCCGUGUGAUAACACUGAAGAAAAGGGGCACAACCAAGCUGGAGCUGCUGCUCACGAUAAACUAUUCCGAACCGGUUGGGCAUGAUAAGAUGGCCGCGUAUAAGGACGUCGUUGAAAAGCAAGCGAUCGAUGCCAUGAACCGGGCACUGGCAGCAGCAGAAUAUGGCGAACAUGGUGCCUACAAUAGCUUCAAACGGGACCACAUUCGGGCUUGGAACGCCCUGUGGGAAACAGGGUUCCACAUAAGCACAUCGAAAGCAGAGAACACGCUGAACGGGAAUAACAUCAACGCUACUAUGUACGCGGUUGUAUCGCAUGCUCGUGCCUUCGAAUACGAACAAUCCGUGACGGCCGUGCGCAAGGAUGAGAUUGCUCGGUCAUUGACGUACGCUGAAGGGUGUUACGACAGCUACCAUACGUUACAGGCCGACAAUUUGUGGCGCCAAAUGUCUUCGUUCGAGGAGCACAAUGCCUUGGUCGCUUCGUGGAUGCUGACCCUCGAGAAGCAGGGAUGCCAUAAUCUGAUCAAAGCCGGAGCUAGCGGAAUCGUGCAAGCGAUGGUGCUGAGCUUUGGCGGGUUCCGCUUCAGCAACCAGCAUCUGGAGUUGAACAUUCACCCCAAAUAUCUACAUCGUGACUACGAUUUCCGCCGAUUGAACUAUGGCAACAAGACCCAUCUGAAUGUUUCCAUCGCCGUCCGCGACGACAACAAAGCGAUUCUGUCUGUAGCGUUGGAUCGUUCCGAUCGUAACUAUUAUGCGUGUGACGCAGGCUGUUUAGAUGAUCCGAUACAGCUGCGCCAAUCGAAGCUAACGUUUCCAGUAAAGCUCACUGAACCCGUGACAUCGAUUCUCUACAUCACCUCGGACCGCAAGCACAUGGAAGAUCUUAGGCAUGCGAUUCACAUCCAAGAAGUCCGUGUAGCGCCAGCUCACCAGCCUGCCGUUAUUGCAUUGCACAAGCACGGACAUCAUCUAGGAGGCUUACCGACGCUGUUUUGGGUCUCGAUUUGCGUCAUUAUUAUAGUGUUCCACGUUUUCCUUUGCAAGCUGAUAGUAAAGGAAUACUGUGAGCCUCCGGAUAAAAUGAGAUACCGUUACAGCAAACCAUAGAUAUACACAUACGUUCGUUUGUGUGAAUACUGUGUGCUUUGCUGAACUUGUUCAUGUGUCGUUCAUGCUCGUUGGCAUUUUUUGCCAAGACGUUACGAUGCGCAUAACAAAGUUCGAAAGAACUAUCGGUCCAGUAUCGCCUUUU